AAUGUUGUUGUAGAGAGCAGAACAAAACUCAAAGCAAUGUCAUUCAUUGGCUUUCAAAACAAAAACAUACAAGAGAAGCUUUGUAACCAUCGAUGUUUUGUGUUGAUUGGCCUCAAGUUAUUAAUAAUCACUCCUCAGAGACUUGUUGGAUUUUUUUCUCUCCUUUGUGAGGUCCAAACACAACUUUUUGAGGGUGCUGAUAUGGCUCUUUCCCAUGUCCCAAAGAUUGGGAAUUGGGAGAGUGACAACGUUCCAUACACUGCACAUUUUGAGAAUGCACGCAGAGAAAGAGGUGUUGUCAUGUUAAAUCCAAAUGAUCCAAUGCAAAAUCCAGAGGCCUUCAACACUUCUUCUCACACUCAGAGGAGUAGGGGAAGUCGAAGCUUCAUUUCAGAAUCUGGAAGUGAAAGAAGCCAUGGUGUGAUCACAACAAGAGCCAUAGUAGCUUCUCUUCUUCAAGUCAUCGUAGACACAAGUGGAAGCCAUUCCUUCAAUGACCCUCGUAUGAAUCAUGAACAAUAAUACCCAAAUUUGGUGAUUGGGCUAACAUGGAUAUACGUGACAUAAUUUCCGUAGUACUGUUGCUGUUUGUUUUGAAGCGAAAGCAAAUGAACAUGGAAUCAUUGCUGUUUACUUUGGUCCAGAGGAGACU